GCACGACCACGACAUGGACGGCAAUUGGAGCCUAAUGGAGCUCAAGAGCUUUAUCGAGUCGCUCGGUUCGGACGUCAAGCCGCUCUUUUGGGAGCUCCUCGUCGAUGACAUUGAUUACGACCACUCGGGCAUGGUGUCGGUGACCGAGUUUGAGAGCUGGGACGUCGACGACGGCAAAUCAUGCGACGAUGUGACGCUGGUGUGA